AUGGAAGAUUCUAUUGACGAAUAUUUAGAUGAUCCUAAUUUAAGUAUUCCAGAUAUGAUUAAAAAAUAUGAUGUACUUAUGACAAAUGGUGAAAAAAAAAAACCAAAACAUAAUUUCCGUUGUGUUGUAUGUAAUGGAAGAGCAUUCGGAUAUAAUUUUGAUCAGAUAUCAUGUGGAAGUUGUAAAGCUUUUUUUCGACGAAAUGCUUUAAGAGACACGAAUGAAUUACAUUGUCGAUUUUCUGGUAAUUGUAGUAUAACAGUAGAAACUCGACGACAUUGUUCAUCGUGUCGAAUAAAAAAAUGUUUCGCUGUGGGUAUGAGAAAAGAAUCGAUACGAAGUGAACAAGAAAAAUUUAUGAAACGUCUUCAAUUAAACAAAACUCGUCGCAGUAGAUGUCCUGAGAAAACAAUCGAAGUUCCAGCUUUAAUGUCACUUGGAAAUUCAAGUAUUGUAAUGAUAUUAAGUUCAACAGAUCGAACACACAUUAAUAAUGUAACACAUUGUUAUGAUCAAUUUAGUGGUGAACCUAGUUCAUCAACAUAUUGUUCAACACCGGAAGUUCUUUAUUUACGUAUAGAUGAAUUUUUUAAUCGUAAAAAACCAAUUUUUAUUAAUUUUAUAUCUUAUUUUAAACAUUUACCUGAAUUACAAACUCUACAUGUUGAUGAUCAAGUAUCAUUAAUUAAACAAAAUAUUCGUCUUUUAAUACCAUUGAAUUAUGCUAUACUUAAAACACCUAUUAGUUCAAAGUUUCGUAGUACAUAUAUUCAAACCGUUGGUUGUAUUAAUAACAUUAAUUUACAUCACAUGUUUCAAUCAUUAUCAAAUUCUUUUGUUGACUUUGUCACAUAUGAUCCAAUUAUGAUUAAGUUAUUAAUGAUUAUUCUAUUUUUUACUACUAAUCCGUUAACAACAAGAUCUAUAUAUGAUGCAGCACAAUACAAACAGUUAGAUAAUAUAAAACAGAUUCAAUCAUCAUAUACUGAACUAUUAUGGUUAUAUAUGCUUGAGAAAUGUGGUGAACAAAAUGCAAUAAUAUUAUUUACAAGGAUGAUCACAAAAUAUUUAUAUCUUCAAAUUAUAAUUGACGGAAUUGAUUCAAUCAUUCGCAUGAAUAAUGAUAUACAUAAGAUUGAUUCAUUAAUACAAUCAUUUUUACAACUAACAUAA